AUGAUUAAGAUUGAUAGAGUUAUCAAAAAAGUUGAUCUUAGUUUUUUAGAUAAUGUUGUGAAUGUAUUAGACAUUUAUACUGGUUGUAUUAUAAUGCAUAAAAAAGAAAAUAUUAAUGAAGAUAUUUUUCUAGUAAGUAUUUCUCCAAUAGAAGGAAAUGUAAAAGAGUUUUAUGUAUUUUCUUCACAAAUCAUAUCAAACCCUCUUUUGACAAAACAACCAAAUUCUCAACAACCUCUAUUAGAUUCUUCUAUAAAAAAAAUAAGAAUUAUUGAUACAGUCCUUAUUGAAAAUAAAGUUGUUGGGUAUAAUACUAUUUUACGUGAAAAAGAUUCAGUUAUUUCUGAGUUUAAAUCAUCUGUUGUGGUUCAGAAAGAAUUUGAUUCUCAAUUAAAAUUAUAUUUAAAACGAAUGGAGUUAUCUGGUUAUGAAAAGGCAAAAGAAUUAGUAUUACCACACAACCUAUGUUCUAUAACACAAAAAUUUGAUAAAUUCGUUAUUAAACAAUUACAAAAAACAAAAAAGUGCUAUCUUGAAAGUAAAGUAGACAAUGGGUCACAAUUCAUAAAUCAUUUUCUUCAAUUAUUACGAUUUUAUCAUCAUAACCAACCAAUUGCUGUUUUAUGUUCUUCAGAAUUAUAUAAGAGUUAUUAUCAAUACUUUAAUAAAAAUUCUCGUAUUCAAGAUAGUUAUAUUCCAAUUAAUAUUCAUUCAACAUUAUCUACUGAUCCAUUUUCAAUGAACUCUUCUAGUUAUUUUAUUACUAAAUCAAUAUUUACAAAUGAUUUUGUUCCUUAUUGUGACAUUGCAAUAUUUGAAUAUAGUAAUUUAAUACCAAGAGAAUGGCUAAUGAAAUUUGAUAUAGUCUUUCAAUGUGGAAUACCUGAAGAAACAUUUUAUACUACAAGUGGUAUUAUUUAUUGGAAUUGUUUAUUAAAUACAAAGAACUUACUCCCUCCAACUGACGUUGAUUCAUUUUGUAUAAGUCCUUUAAUUACAAUUAUUAUUCCUAUUGCAUAUCAUCAAGAAAUAGAAAUAAAGACUAUUUUAAAUUAUGAAAAAGAAUUUAGUCAAUCUGAUAUUAUUUCUUUAUUAAAUGAAUCUUCAUCAUAUAUUGGAAAUAACUCCGUUUGUCCAAAUACUCUUCCAUCAUCAUCUCGUUACUUUCUUGAUACACUCUUUCAAUUGUUUAAUGAUAAAAAAAUUAUUAUUGUGUCAUCAUCAAAUCUGAUUGAAGACAUUCCUCAUAACUUUAUUAUUUCAUUACAUAAAACAUUAACUAAUAAACAAAAUGCAUCUGAUUUUAAAAAAGAAAAAAGUGGUACAUUAGUUAUUGAUUUUGAAUCUGUACUUUUUUAUGGCUUUGAAAAUGUUGAUUUAUUUAUUAAAUAUGGUAGUUAUAAAGAACCUACUUCUUGGCUAAAAAAUUCUUUAGGAUUAAAUAGAAACACACUUAGUAUUGAGUUAAUUCCUGAUAAAUCAUUCUAUGGAUAUUCAUUUAUCUUUAAAAAAAAAGAUUAUAAUGAUUAUCUUCAAUAUGUAAAAACAAAAGAAAUUACUCUCAAGAGAUUUGAUUCUAUUGAAAUGAUGAAAAUAUUUCAACGAAUUAAUGACGAAAUUUCAUAUUUACAAAGUCCAAUAGAAUUAAAUAAUUUAAUAAACAGAGAAUCAGGUUUUAAAGAGAAUAGUCUUUUUGUUCUUAGUGACAUUGUUGAUAGGAUUAAAUCUAAAUUUCCUUUUGAUGAAAAGAGAUAUAAAUCUCAAACAGAAUUUUAUAUAAAUCUUCUUUAUAAAAAGAAUAAUUCUCAGAAACUAAAUCCAAUUAAUUUAUUUAGAACUAAUGAAUCAAAACCAAACACUUCUUUAUUACCUCCUAUUACUAAAGUACUACCACCAAAAGAAAAUUUAGGUAAUAACAAUAUGAAAAAAUUACCAACAGAGAAUUCAGGUCAUAGUAUUGUGAAACAAAUACUAACAAAUAGUUUAAGCAGAAGUAUUCUGAAACAACCACCAACAAAAAAGUUAUAUAAUAACACCAUGAAAAUACAUGGCCAUAAUCAUUCUGCUACAGAUAUUACUUCACAAAGAGAUAAAAGAAUUAAUACUAAUCCUCAACUUACAGUAGACUCUUCUAUUAAACAAAAACAAUUUUAUCUUUCACCUACUAAUAAACUUAAAAAAAUAGAUGAUAGUUUAUUAUCAAUUCCAUUACCUUUAAGAGUUCCAACAAAAAGAACUACCUCAAUAACAAUUCCACCAAAUAAUAAUGAUGUAUAUAAAAAAUCAGAUUCUUUAAGACUUAUAACAGGUAAUAGAAAUGUUAAUUUAACCCAACCCUCAACAAAAAGUAAGUCAAAUGUAAUGUUAAGACAAGUAACUAUGCCAGCAACAAAUAAUGUAUUACCUCCUACUAUCCAAAACCCAUCAAUUGACAAAACCAGAAAAACAAAUUCAUUUUCAGUGACUUUAGAUUAUCCUUAUGAAAUACUACAAAAACAACUUGAUACAUCAAAUGAUUUAACAAAAUACAAAAUUAUCAAAGUUGAUCAAUCCUAUAAAACAACUGUAGAAAAUUUUCAAGAAACAAAUACAGUAACAAACUUAAUUCAUGAACGAACAAAACUCAUUGACUUUAUUACUAUAAUUAUUAAAAAUGAAUCUAUAAGAACGAAUACUUAUUUUGAUACUCCUACUGUUACAAAUGAAUUUAUUAAACUAAUUUAUUAUUUUGGAUUAGACGCAAGUACAUUAAAAAGAAAUUCAUUUCUUCUUUCACAUGUGCCGUUAGAAAUCCUAAAUACAUUAAGUUAUGAAACAAUGAAAUAUUGUACUUACAAAUUUCCUCAAUUGAAAAAUCAUUUAAAUUUUGUGGAGUACAUUCAAAAAUAUGUUAAAGAAAAAAGUCAAGGAGUCUCUUUAAAAAUUAACCAUAGAAGAAAUGCACUAUGGACAGAUGGACUUGUUGAUGAGUUUAUGUUAUGCGUUUCAAUUUAUGGUUUUGGUAAUAUGGAACCAAUUUUAAAAAAUAAUACAAUAGUAGGUGCUUUAACGAGAUUUAAUUUCAAAACAAAAGAACAAAUACUUAAGGAAUUAAAACGCAAAUUAUCAGAAAUUUAUUUUGAGAAUCAUUAA